UAAACCUCCCCUAGGGUUUUACGAUUUCAUUUCUAGGGUUCUCUUAAACCCUAAAAAAUUCUCCCCUUACUCGCGGUGGGAUCCUCAAACGAACAAUUCCUCGAAAAAUGGCUUUAGCUCGAUUCGGUGCGAUUCGUCGCCUCCACCACGCAUUCCAAUCCUCCUCCUCCUUGCAAUUCCCCUCCAUUUCGCGAUGCUCCCCAAUUUAUCCCAACUCAAUCAUCAGCAACUCGAUCAUCAGAGGGUAUAGUCACCAUGGAAGCAUUGUUGAUUCUUCUCACAAGGUCGGCGGCAUCUUCAGUCCGAAGACGAUCAAUUCAAUGCUAGUGUUUUCUGUGAAGAUUUUGGAGUUGAUGGUUCAUGCAGAUCGAGCUAGGUCGAUGUCGACAUCGAAAGUGCCAGUUGGGGCGCGACAGGUUGGUUUGAAGGUGACCAUGCUUAGUCCUGGAUUUGUUUAUGAGCCGUACACGCCUCGUGAACCUAUUCCAUUCUGGAAAAGAUGGUUCACACCAAGUGGCUGGAGAAGAACUAAGGAGGAUAUCAUACUGGAGAUGAAGAGUGCAUAUGCUAUUACAAGGUUAAGGAAAGUGGCUGGAUAUACGAAAAAGUUAUUCUACCAGCAAGCUAUAAGAUUAUACAAGGAGAUCAAUACUCUGAUGGCAAAUGGAGAUACGUCAUCUCUUAGGAAAGUUGUUACGGAGAAAAUGUAUUCUACCCUCAAGAAUGAACUGAAACGAAGAGAAUCUAUGUGGAGUUCGGUACACUGGGAAUUGGUUGAGCCUGUUGUCAGUAUUCGAACAUUGCGCGCCCGGAUGAUUGGCAUUGACAAAAAUAAUCUUGAUAAAGCUUUCAUACAACUCACCAUUGAAUUUAUGACUAAGCAGAAAUUUGAAGCGUAUGAUGCAAAAGGAGCUGUGGUAUCUGGAGACAGAACAAAAGAGGUACUUGUAAAAGAUAUCUGGGUAUUUGAAAGAUCUCUCUUCCACCCUGGAGCAGAGUGGCGGCUUUGUGCCCGGCUAUCCAUCUAGGUUCUUCGCAACUGUAUACGCAGCUCCCUAAUCAACGCAUAUCCGGUGCAUUUGAUGUUAAGUAUCCUAUUUACGCGAGGCAUUCAUCGCCAGCUUUUUGUUUCCAUAUCCUUAUGUUUGAAAAUUGUUCUUCAAAAUCUUGCAAUAAGGGAAGACAAGGCGAAUAUUGUGCAGGCAUCAAUGGUAGCUCUUGUUUGAUAAUAUAGUAUUAGCUAUGUUAUAGGUUUGUCUUGUCGGAUUUUGUUGUAAGAGUACAAGACGAAAUUAUCUUCAAUUUUUUAUCAAAUGUUUUUGGUGUACUAUUAAUAUACAAGAGUUUUAA